AGGGGAUUUUAGAAAAAAAAAGUUGUGGUCAGAGCACUUCUGCUUUGUUUAACGCUCAGCGAGAACUGUUUCUUGACUGCAGCAGAGCGACUUCUGAGUGUUACGAGAUUGAGAAGAGCGUUCCAGGUGCAGCAUGAGGAUCAUCCAACUUCACUUCUAUCUCCUUGUGUGCUGUGGAGCUGCAGAGAGUUUCACAGAGAAGUCGGUAGAUUUGGGACAAAAUGUGACUCUAAAGUGUGAGGUGUCUGUAAGAAAUGUGCUCUGGUUCCUGAUGAAGCCGUCAGAACCUCCAGUGUUUAUAUUACGCUCUUUCUCAAGUAAAACUUUAGACCCACAAUACAGCGACCCGGCCUUCAGCAAGAGAUUCUCAGUGCAAUACAACAGCAGUUUAUUUAUACACAAUAUCAGUACUAAUGAAUUAGGAGUGUAUUAUUGUAAUCAGUCUCAAACUGGUUCACCUCCUGUCAUCAGCAGAGGAAUCAGACUUUACAUCCAGAAUAACACCGCUGUAAAUCUGACAGAAGACAAUCAGCAAGUUCAGAAUCACACAGACUGUAAACAUGAAGCGAUCAGUACGUGGUCACGUCCUCUCUUCAUCUCAGUAAUACUGAACUGCACUCUGGCUUUUACAGUUGCAGUUCUUAUAGUUCAUCACUGUAAAAAAUCUCAGAAAACUCAAGCACACCCUCCAGAUCCUGGUCUACAGCCGCAACAGCACGAUAUCAGUCCUCUGUAUGCGCAGGUGCAGAACAGCGCUACAAACGACGUCGUGGUGACUGACGUCAAUAGCACAUAUGUUCUUCUGCAGCACCCGAACCCAUGCUCAGAGUGACCCUCUGCAGGAGAGUGACCUCAGACGUCAUCACGUGGACUUAAUAUAAUGUUUCAUCAUAUCCAUGAAGGGGCUUCAUUUCUUCAAGUGCCGAUCUCUGAUGGGCGAUUCACAAAAGAUUCAUUUGUAAAAUGAGAUGAAUCGAUACACAGGCAUAAACAUUGUUUUAACAAUUUUUAUCAGCUAAAGGGUUUUUCUAGAUGCUGUUAGAGUUGCGGACUUAAACACAAACUGCUGAAGUUAAAUGAUUUGAACCCUUAAAGCAAAUUAAGUUAUUAGACUGAAGUGUUUCAAAAUAUCUGGUCAGUGACUAUGAUUUCCACUACUGUUUCUUCUAUCAAGACUUUUUAUCGUUGUCCAUCGUCUUGCUGGCUGAGCAGUUCCCAUGAUGUUUCAGUCCAAAUACUAAGGUACGGUUAGUUUACACAUCUUGUAUUAAAGUUACUGUGCAAUACAAUAAAGUUUAAUAUAAUCUGUUUAAAUU